GAAAAUAGCAGCUGAUCACCAGGAUGGUUUAUAAUCAACGACAUAUGGCAAGUAGUCAAUACGGAUAAAUCCGAUAACAGCCAACACCAUACUCAGUAUACACAGCACAAGUACCCUAGCACUAUAACAGGAAGUGAAAUGUAAUUAUUAUACUGCGCCGUUUUGUGUCCGGAUUAGAAAGAAAGGGCGUUAGUUGUUGGCUUUUUCUCGACCAAUCAGAACGGAGCUGAAUAUUGAAAUAUAAGUUGUAUGAACUUGUGCAUGGCCGUCAUUUGAACACAUUGAGCGAAAUGACUAUCAGUCUUAUAGAUACCAUCAGAAAUGGUGAUUUGAAAACGGCAAAGACGAUGUUGCAAAAUAAUAACUACCCGAACAUUGAUGCACAGACAUGUCGUCGGGAUGGCACUGCGCUGUACUGGGCGUGCAGCCUAGGUUUCUUGGAUAUACUUCAGCUGUUACUACUCCAGGGGGCCAAUACCUGUACCAAGACGGAGUGGGGAGCCACACCCCUUUCCGCUGCGUCUGACAAUAACCACACCCAAAUCGUCAGGAUUUUGUUAAAGCUGAAUGCCGAUGUAAAUUCAAAGACAAGUUCCGGUGACACACCGUGCCAUCUGGCGGCAUAUCGGGGGUUCUCCGCUGUUGUACAGCUUCUGGUGGAGGGAGGGGCCGACAUACGUUUACGUAACAAUAAAGGCCAAACAGCUUAUGAUCUGGCAAAAAACUCCGAACACUCCAAGAUAGCUUCUUACCUUCAUGCGGUUUCCGAAAUGUUUGAAAAUAAAGAGCGGAGUAACAGACAGACAGCAUUAGCAUGUACAAGUACAGUUAACAUGCGCACAGUGGUAAAGUCAGAAUAUCCCGUCCAAAACUACCAUGUGCUUCAUAGAUCGGUAGACAACUACACACCAAGGUCCUGCGUUCCUUACACUCCCUCGACUCGGACUGUGGCGUGUGCUAAAAAGGGAUGUUCUCAUUCUGUAUGCCAAUUUUUAAAAAACGAUUUAAACGAUUUAUCUACAUCCUGUCCGACGAAGCGCCAACUGUCGUUCAACAAUAUUGUGACGCUAGAACAAUGACGUAACAGUGUGUCUUGUUACUGUGAUCAGAAAUCCGAACAAUCUUGUAUCCGGGCAUUGUGUGGAACAGAAGAUGUUUUUUCCUGAGUUAAAGCUUGUAUCGACACAAACUCCCUAUUUUUUUCCUGUGCCAAUUCUUAUAGGUAUGUCUGUACAUUGUGCUUCGUCAAGGAAAGCUUUUUAUCCAUGUCUCUACACCUUAAACAAUAACACUUUCAUUCUAAAACGAGGAUUUAUACGAAUGGAUUAAUGCUAAAUGCUGUACGGCUGAAGAACAUAUUUCACCUUUUAAAGAUAUUCAUGUGUGACUAUCUUUUAUUUUCCCCUGCUACAUCGAUCUGCAAUGUAACAGCAUGUCAAAAAAUCCUUAAAAGACAUUUUCAAAUUGGGCACGGCAAAGCCUCAUGGGAAUCACGGAAAAGUGUCGUUUACAUAUAAUUAACAUAGCUGCCAUGUUUGGUGAAUAAGACUCCUUACGAUAAAAGGGGAAUACAGAUAUGCAGUUUGAUGAUAUUUAGUUUGUGAACCAUUUUUCACCUGUGAUGUUUCUAUUGUACAUUAUAAGUUACUUAACGUGUCAUCUGUGAAUAUAUAUAAUUGAACAGAGCAAAUAUAGUGUCUGCCUUUCACCAUCUUUCAUAAUGAAAUAGAGAAUAGAAACAGUUUGGAAGACCCUUCUACUGUCGAAACAAGCAUUCAAUACUGCUUGUAAUCUAACAUUUUUAUAGGGAGGAGGUAUCAGGACCACAUGUGCAUCACUUCAUACCUAUGUAGACAAAACUUAACAUGAAGAUUGCUUCCAUCCUUUCGAAUAAUGGAGACAAAAUUAAUUGAAGACUAUCUUGCAUGCAUUUUUUUUUUGAUAUGUUUAAACAAUAUCAUCUUUAGAAUAUAAAUGAAAAUGAUGCAAAACAUACAUUAUGUAUCUUUAUUAAGGAACUUGUUUUUUUUUAUCUUGUUAACACAGAAUGUAGUUCGAUAAACUACCUUAUCUACGUCAUGGUUGACGUAGUACGUUGUUUACCUUGCCAUCGCGACACAGUUGAAUGGUGAUGGAAUGUGUCGGUAUUUUAUUGAUGACGUGCAUCUAGUCUCGCCCCUGUCCUAUACAGACGCCGGGGUUAUUUCGUGGUAGUGUGACUAUCCAACAAUACUCCUAUUACACAUAUCUUUUAUCUGUGAUAUUCCCUGAUCAAUAUGUAGGUUAACACAAGUGCCUCUUUCUUUCCUGAUGUGAUGUCAACAAUAUUUUUUACAUAAUUGAUUUAUUUUUUUAAACAAAAUAUUGAUUAACAUUAAUAAAUUACUUUUCACUUAAAAAUACUCUGUACCGAUUAAAUGAUAUGCCCUUGGUGGAACUAGGCACCUGUGUUAGUAUUUAUGUCCGUUAGAAGUAUUUAUAAAUGAUAUUGACCACUGUGCUUUCAGUACUAUACCAUUUCGCACCUUCCAUUGUAAGGUGACUUUUUAGAAUUUGUUAAGUUUUUGAAUGCGUGUUAUAUUGACUGCCAUUGUGUUGAGAGCUACUUGUAAUUAUAUGUGAUCAAGUGUUGUCAAGCUUGUGGACGUUGUGGUCCAUUCUGAAGGGUGUUGAUUAUCAUAAAGUUUAUCAUGGUUCAUA